GACGUCGGAGAUGGCAAGCGCCGUUUGAAUUUAAUCAUCUGCUCAACGAAGUCUCCAAAGUCUGCUCGUAGCCUCGUGCAGUGCACCGUCGAGAGAAGGCCAGAGGAACAGCUAUUUUGAAAUAUCUACAAACCUAAACCUCCACUAUACUUACGUAGACCUUAUUCCAUCGCUCUGUCCCAACAGGUACCCAGCGACCGCUAUCGGUCACACUGGAUUCGCUACUCUAUGCUUACGCUCCUUAGAGCGAGCGGUAUACGUUCUUCAUCAUACCUAUGUCGGUCAAUACUGAAGGCGACCUUCUCCACGAUACCGCAGCGACGAUUUUACCCAUCUCAACUUGAUCACGUUGAGGAUCUCGAGGAGUAUCGGCCUGGUGGAUUACAUCCGGUUGCAGUUGGCGAUACGUUUGCCAGCGGUCGCUACCAGGUUCUACACAAACUAGGUUUCGGAGGCACGUCUACCAUAUGGCUCACACGCGAUCAACACCCGUCUGCCCGUGGCAAAUUGAUGACGUUGAAAGUCAUGUCCGCAGAGCAAUCGACUACACCAAACAAUGUUUUAGAGAUGACUAUUCCACGAAGGCUGUGCGAAAUCCUCCACGCCAAUGGCACUUCAGUCCGGCCCAAUAUCCGGGUUAUAGAGGAUAGUUUUAUGCAAGAGGGGCCCAACGGAUCUCAUCUUUGUCUUGUCUCUGAGUUCGCUGGACCUAGCGUUCAUUCCAUGUUGGACUGUCCGGGGAGGGUGACUGGAAGCAGACGACUUCGCAGCGAUUUGGCCAGGAAUGUGGCAAAACAAGUAGCUGCGGUGAUACAGCUCAUGCAUUCUGAAGGAUAUGUGCAUGGAGAUCUUACGACGUCGAACGUCCUCUUCCGGGUUGCCGACCAUGUCCAUCAAUGGUCGGACGAUUAUAUCUACGCCAUUCUUGGUGAGCCCGAUACGGAGAGAAUGGCUACACUGGAUGGUUCUCCGCUGGGACCACAUGCACCUGUAGAGGUCGUCGCACCCAUUGACAACGCUUCGCUUUCCUCAUCCGCUUUCCUCAAAGAGGACGUCAUCGUCAGCGACUUUGGACAAUCCUUUGCCAUGGACUGUCUGCCCGAGGACUAUGAGCCAGCUACGGUAGUACAUUAUGCAUCACCGGAAGCGCGGUUUGAGUCAAGGAUAAGCCUCGCAUCCGACAUUUGGGCAUUGGCGUGUACAAUCUUCGAGAUCCGCGCUGGAUUCCCCCUUUUUGAAUCAUUUCUAGGCGAUGAGGCUGAAGUUCUGAAGCAAAUGGUUCAAAUGCUUGGCAAGUUACCAGGGCCGUGGUGGACAGCCUUUGAUGAACAUCAGCUGUGGUUCGAGAGCAACGGCGAGCCGAAACCUCUUCAUGUUCAGAAAGGCGCAGGAGUCUCGCUGCCCGCCAUCAGAAGUUCUAUUCGAGGGGUGUUGCAAAACAUUGGCGAGCAAGACAAGCUUGGUGAUGUUCGCCAGGGUGCGAUGUUUGAGAGGGCCGGGACUCGACUGAAGGAGGAUGAGAUUCAGAUGUUGGGUGAUUUGUUGGAACGGAUGCUCAGGUAUCGCGCAGAAGAUAGGGUUACCAUACAAGAUGUUGUGUGUCAUCCAUGGUUUUGUAUGGCUGAAUCUUGAGUUGUAAACAAGUAUCUCUAUUCAUAAGGCGGCGUUUAAAUUUCACUACUAUCGUUGGAAUAAGCUCAUAGGGAUAUCCUGCCAAUCAUAUGCCUUGUGUACCUGGAAUUAUUGUCGUUCGGACUGAGUCGCAUUGACUCAAUG